UCACGCUUGAGUCAGUGCGAAUUGUGGGAAAUGUUUCGCAAAAAUAAGCGAAUCGUAGAAACGUGUGUGUUUACGUGUUAUUUUCUAUAGUCCGCCUCUUUUUGAUAAACAAUACAAUGAGUAAAACAAAUCCUUUAGUCGGAUUGAUUGGGUACGGAGACUCGGAUGAAAGUGAUGAUGAUGUGCCUUCAAGAGCUGCUGAGAAGACAUUUAGGGCCCAGCCUCCAGAGCCUAGCGCAGCGGGACAUGAACUCAACGCAGGGGUACACCCUGCACCUAUACCUCAUUGUGCGUGGUCAGCAUGUUAUGAUGAGAGCAGCGGCUUCACCUACUACUGGAACCAGCACACUAAUGCGGUCACCUGGGAGGCGCCGCAGGAAUACUUGAUGGCAUUGAAGUUGGCACAACAUCAGUUGCAUGCUUCAGGUUCAGCAGAAGUAUCAGCGGAAGAGUGGCAGCUGUACCAGCAGACCCUGGCCGAGAAGCAGACGCAGGCCAAAAGCAAGAAGCCAGAUCAAGCCAAGCCAAAGACUGUCGUCAAGAAUGGUGCCAAGCGGAAACCGGGCAGUGAUGAUGAGCAGGAAACAAUAGAACUAAUAACAUCCUACCACAACUCUGACUCGGAAUCCAACGAUGAAGACACCCCAGCCAAGGCGCCCACGCCUAUAGCCAAACCAGCCACGCCUGUAGCCAAGCCAGCCACGCCUGUAGCCAAGCCAGCCAAGCCAACAGCCCCCAAGAACCCGCACAAGAAACAGAAGACCAAGCCCGUUGAGUACGGACCGAGCUUGCCUAGCAACCAGAACUAUACUGUGCCGAUUGGGCCGGAGCUGCCCCCAGGAAUGGUGGUUGAACCGGUGCUGGAUGAUAAGACACAAGCAAAGACACCGCCUUUAGUAGAAAAUGAUGAUAGCUUAGAGGAAAAAACAUUAUUUAUGAGAUUAAAGGAAAAAGCCAAAUUACUAGAAAAACUUGGUGGAGAAAUACCAACAGAAUUGCAGAAAAUGAUUAAAGAUGAUACAAAAGUCGCAUCUCCUAAAUUUGUGGAUGAAACUAGCAGAGACAGCAAAAUUGACAAUAUUGAUGAUUUGUUAGAUGAGAUUGAAAAGAAAGAGUUGCCAAAAGUUAAGUCUAAGAAGACCGAUCUGUUUGGUGAAGAUUCCAAUAGUGGUAAAAAUACGCCUGUAGGUACUCCUCCUAGAGAAGUGAAACCACUAUUCCCAAGUAGCAAAGCUAUAGAAGAAACACCACCACUACCACCAGUUCCUGCUGCUACUGUAUUUGAAAAUGGUGUAGAAAAACCAGAAGUACCAGAAAAGAAAGUUAACCUAUACUUGGCAGACACAGUGGUAAAAGAAAACCGCAAAAAGCUAAGAAUUGAUAAUUCAAUCCUUCCCGAGAGAAAGAAAACCGAAGUCCCAGCUUAUACAACAAAAUAUUCACAAUAUAUAGAAGGGUUCUCAAGCGAGAGAACAGGAUUAGGUUUUAAAGAAGAUGGCAUUGAGAGUCCAAAAGUGGCGACUGUUAGUUACGGUAACGGUUUGUCGUUUACUAAAGGGGAAGUUCUGAAUGAAGAUACGCGGGAUGAAGAUUUGGAUGCGAUGUCUGAUUUGGUGGAAGCCAAGUUGAAGUUUCUGAACGAGGUGCAGCCGUGUCAGGUGCCUCCCGUGCAGGAGAUGUUGAUACAAUGGCAGACGCUGGUGUCGGCGUUUCGCGGCGGCGCGCUGUCGGCGCCGUACUGGCGGCGCUGGGUGCGCGCCGGCGCGCGCGCGCUGCGCCGCCUCGAGCAGCGCGCCGCGCCGCCCGGCUGGACCGCCAGCUUCCAGAGGUCCGAGGGGCGCUACCGCUACCGCCGCGAGGCCGACGGCUUCACGCAGUGGGAGUACCCGGCAGCAGAGACCAUGGACAUGGAGAUAUGCACCACACCACCUCCCGAGGAGCCUAAGGAGCCGGUGCAACCCCCCCUGCCGCCCGCGCCGCCCCCGGCGCCCCCCGCGCCCCCCGCCGCCCCGGCCGCCCCCGCGCGCGUGGCCACCCCGCCCCCGCCCGCCUGGCGCGACCCGCCCCCGCCCGGCACCGACGACCCGCCGCCGCCGCCGCCCCCGCUCCCGCCGGAGCCAAAGAAAGAGAUAGGCGAUGAGCUCCUCUCGUUCUACAGCGAUAUCGCCGAGUUAGAGAAGUCGACCCCGCCCACCACGGGGCCCGCCUCGCCCGAGCUUCCCCCGCUGCCGAAGGAACCCGCGGAACUGAAGGAGUCUAAAGAAAAGGAAACUAAGACUUCUAAAAAGAAAUCUAAGGUGAAGAUAUCAUCAUCAAUCGGGCUGAAACACAAGACGGUGUCAAACAUGGUGGCCAAGUGGCAGCAGGUCGCCGACGAGAUACACUCCGACUAGACCACCCACUCAUACAUCUACUAAUACAGUGUGUA